CCCAUAAGAAGUGAGGAACUUUCAACGACCGAUAUAAUGGCUACCCCCGGCCUGGGUCACGAUCGAACUCGACGGCCAAAAGAAGAAGAUGAUGAUGAAGAUCCGGUUGACAGCAUGAUAAACAGAACUGGGUGUGCUGAAUUACACUGGGCUGUGCAGGAGUGCAUGGCUGAGAAGAAGGACUGGCGGAAGUGUCAACCAGAGGUUCAGAAGUUUCGGGAUUGCAUUGAAAAUUCCAUGCUGGAGAAACAAAAGAGCUGAUACAGCAAAAUUUGGAUUUUGAUAUAUAUUUUUUCUUCAAAAAAAUGAACAUUUGAUUGCUGGUAUACCUUUAAAACAUGUUCUUGUUUGUGUAUAAUAUGUAUGACAGAAAAGCGUCAAUGCAAGUGAUGGAUACUAACACCAGAUAUUAGGUACAGUGUGAAAAAUACCAUACGUCUGAACUUUGGUUCAGAUUUGAUUCUAAGACUUGAAACAUGGAUCCGAAAUUAUAUGUAGUUUUGAGUUCAGUUCUUAAGUGUGAGAGAGGAGUCUUGUGCCUUGCUGUUCCAGUAAAAUGGAUUUUAACUAGGAUACAUGAUCAAUUUGUUUCAUCACAUUGCAUCAUAUUCAUUUAAUCAUAAAACUACAUUUUUGAUACAGUGUCAUAAUUAAAUCCUUUUAUUGCCUCAUAAAUGCUUCACAAGUUUUUAAAAAUAAAAUAGGAUAGGGAAAAACCCACUAUCAGUAUGUCGGAGGGAAUUUUGAAAUUAGUAGAUCUGUGCAUUUAUAAAUAUCCCUGUGUGAUCAACUUUAGUAUUCAGUGUACACAGCCAUGUUAGACAGUCACCGCUUUUCUUGGGCACAUUUUGGAGCAUUGAAACCAACUAUUUUUCACAACUAUGUGGGUGGUCCAAGGGUUUUUAUAGUCAAACUCCUGCUAUUAAUAUACUAAUGGUACUCACUAGUGUGUUGUUAAUGAACACUCGUUUCAAAUUGUUUAAUUGAUCAUAUUAAUGACAAAAUUCUUUAAAACUAGUUUUAAAUUAACAUACAGUUGUUACGUUUGAUUAAAAUAAAAUAGCUCUGUUGAAUUUUUAAAGUAACAUUUUUAAACAUUAGUUAACUGUACCUAAUAAACAAUAUGUAAAAGUUG